CUACCGCUUCGUGACGGGCCAGGACUGCGACCCCAACAACUGCUGAGCUUGCUCCUUCUUCUUGGCUCUCAAUAAGUGUCUUCAACAAACGCGCCGUCCACUCCCCACUGUAAGGAAAUGAAGUCUUCUCCAAUAAUAUUAUGCCUUUUGCUGCUGCGCGUGAUAUCGGACGCAGACAGCAUCAGAGGGGAUCGGACGGACUCGGGAUGCUCUCAUAUCCGUCUCCAGUGAAUGGGAGGAUGCUUGGACGGGGCGUGGCAGUCCAGGACGGUCUCCACAGAUGCCUAGGAUGCAUGGGAUGCCUGGGAUGCCUGGGAUGCCUGGGACGGGUUCGGACGAUUUCAGACGGACUGGGACGGGUUGGGACGGAUAUCACAGACGAGUGGGACGAGUGGGACGAAUGGGACGAUGGGACAAGUGGGACGGAUUGGGACGGAUUGGGACGGAUUUGUCAGACGGCUGGGACGAACUGGGACGGGUUUUACAGACGAUGGGACGAACUGGGACGGGUUCUUCGGACGAUUGGGACGAGUGGGACGGAAUGGGACGGAUUUGUCAGACGACUGGGACGAGUUUUCGGACAGCUUGGACCGGUCUGGACGGAAAGCGACGAAUCUAUCGGACGGCUGGGACAAAGUGGACGAGAUCAGACAAGUUCAGGCGAGUUCUUCAGACGGCUUGAACGGGCUGGACGAGAUUGGACGGUUCAGAUGGAAUAGGGCGAGCUGGUACAAGUCCUUCAGACGGCCUGGACGAGCCUGGACAGGCUCAGGCGGGUUCAGACGGACUCGGACGGACUCAGACGAGUUUAUCAGACGGCUUGGGACGGGUCAGGACGGAUUGGGACGGACUGGGACGAGUUUUCCGGACGACUGGGACGGGCUAGGACGGGUUGGGACGAGUUUUUUCGGACGACUAGGACGGACUGGGACGAGUUUGAACGGCUCAGGUCGAGUCUUUCAAACGGAUGGGACGGGUUGGGACAAGCAGGACGGAUUCAUCAGACGAGUGGGACGAAUCAGCACCUGUAGGACGAUUUUAUCAGACGACCGGGACGAACCAGACGGUCAGGACGGAUUGGGACGAAAUUUUCAGACGAUUGGGACGGAUCAGGACGGAUUUUUCAGAUGGUUGGGACGAAGCAAGACGGGUGUUGCAGACGACUGGGACGGACUAGGACGGACCGGGACGAGUUUUUGAGGCGGAAUUGGGACGAAUCGGAUGGGACGGACUCACCAGACGGGACGGACGGGUCUGGACGAGUUUUGGGACUGCUGGAACGACGGGGACGAAUAUCUCAGACGAGUGGGACGGAUCAGGACGAGUGGGACGAGUUUUUGGGACGACUGGGACAGGCUCGGACGGGUCAGGACGGAUUUCAUGCUCACUGAACAACAGCAGCAGGACGAACCAGACAGCCAGGAAGGCCUGGGAUGAG